AUAUAAAGAACUUAAUAAAAAUUCAUUAAUUUUUUAUUUAUAGUUCAGGUUUCUUUUUAUAUAAAUAUAUAUUUUUUUUUUUUUAAAUAAAAUAAUUUAAAAUCAGAAAUGAGAGAAAUUAUUCAACUUCAAGCUGGUCAAUGUGGUAAUCAAGUUGGUUCAAAAUUUUGGGAAGUUAUCUCUGAAGAACACGGUAUUCAAACUAAUGGUACACACAUUGGUGGAGAAGAUCAACAUUUAAAAAAUCUUCAAUUAGAAAGAAUUAAUGUUUACUAUAAUGAAGCUAGAGAUGGUAAAUAUGUUCCAAGAGCUGUUUUAGUAGAUCUUGAACCAGGUACAGUCGAUACUAUUAAAGCAAGUCAAUAUGGUAAAUUAUUCAGACCAGACAACUUUAUCAAUGGUCAAUCAGGUGCUGGUAAUGUUUGGGCUAAAGGUCAUUACACCGAAGGUGUUGAAUUAGUUGAUUCAGUUCUUGAUGUUGUUCGUAGAGAAGCUGAAAAUUGUGAUUGCUUACAAGGUUUCCAAGUUACUCAUUCUAUUGGUGGUGGUACAGGUUCAGGUUUAGGUACUUUAUUAAUCAGUAGAAUCCGUGAAGAGUUCCCAGAUCGUAUGAUGUGUACUUACUCUGUUGUUCCAUCACCAAAGGUCUCACUCACUGUCGUCGAACCAUACAAUGCUACUCUCUCCAUCCAUCAAUUGGUCGAAUAUGCCGAUGAAGUCAUGUGUAUUGAUAAUGAAGCUUUACAUGAAAUUUGCUUCAAGACCCUCAAACUUACCCAACCAAACUAUGGUGACUUAAAUCACUUAAUCUCAUCAGUCAUGUCUGGUAUUACCUGUUGUUUACGUUUCCCAGGUCAAUUAAACAGUGACUUAAGAAAAUUAGCUGUCAACUUAAUCCCAUUCCCACGUCUUCACUUUUUCUUAGUUGGUUUCGCCCCACUCACUGCCAAAGGUAACUCAUCAUACAACCGUAUCACCGUUCCAGAACUCACCCAACAAAUGUUUGAUUCUAAAAAUAUGAUGGCUGCUUCCGAUCCAACCAACGGAAAAUACUUAACUGCCUCAGCUCUUUUCAGAGGUAAAAUCUUCACCAAAGAAGUUGAUGAACAAAUGAACAAUAUCCAAACCAAAAACAGUUCCUAUUUCGUGCCAUGGAUUCCACACAAUAUUAAAUCAAGUAUUUGCGACAUCCCACCAAAAGGUUUACCAAUGUCAGUUACUUUCAUUGGUAACAAUACAGCCAUUCAAGACCUUUUCAAACGUAUUUCAGUUCACUUCCAAGCUAUGUUCCGUAGAAAGGCUUUCCUUCAUUGGUACACUCUUGAAGGUAUGGAAGAAUUAGAAUUUACAGAAGCUGAAAGCAAUAUGAACGAUUUAAUUUAUGAAUAUCAACAAUACUCCAACGAUACUGAAGAAGAAGAACAAGUUCAAGAUGAUGUUGAUGAACACCAAGAAGAAGAAAUGUAAAUUAUAUGAAUAAUAUAUGAAUGCAGAAAAAUAGUAUAAUAAUAAUGACAAUAAUAAUAACAACAACAAUAACAAUAACAAUAAAAAGAUUAAUCUUGAAUGAUUGAUUUCAU